UCCCAAAUCUUUUACGAAGUUAUCGUUCCUAGAAAGUUGUGUGGUGUGCGGACAUGUGUGUGAUUAUCAGCGAAUUACAAAGCCUCCUCGAACCCGCUCUUAAAUGCCACUGUCCAGCAAAAAUAAAUUCGUUUUAAACUGGAUAUCUUUAAUCUGACGGAAUUUAUUGCUCGCUUUUACAACCGAAGUAAAGAUAAUAUUUAACCAGGGUUAUAGAAGCUCAUAAGCCUCAUUGCAAUGUCAGUUGUUUGACAGCUAAACAGUGAAGAAGCAAGCGCUCCACGUCAAAAGGGAACUCCACUAACCCAGGGAAUCGUCAAAACUGUUCUUUUCAUCUGUGAAUACGAACCGACACCGGUACAAAUUAUGGGGAGUUGCGCCAAGAUACUUCUAGGGAUCAUAGGGGCGGCUGUCGUCGUCACGCUAGUAGCUGUCCCUACAGCGAUAUAUUUAAACGAAGGAAGUCCAGGACCAUCCAAAAGGACAUUCACACUCGCAGACUACUUCAACAGCACUAUUAGAACUAAAUCGUACAAUCUGCGAUGGAUAUCAGAUAAAGAGUACCUGCAUAAAAAUGAAGAUGGAAACAUCAUCCUUCACAAUGUGGGCACAGGAUCAACCUUAGAGUUUUUGAGCAGCAAAACAUUUGAGCAGGUGGAAGCUACUGACUACCUUGUGUCUGCUGAUGGGAAAUAUAUAUGUUUCGAGAGCAAUUACACAAAGCUAUGGAGACAUUCCUACACAGCGUCUUACUCCAUCUUUGACAGAACAGCCCUUAAAUUUAUUGACGAGCCACGCAUUCCACAUGAAGUACAGUACUUGGCAUGGGCUCCCGCUGGAAACAAAUUGGCCUAUGUUUGGCAUUACAAUGUUUAUGUCAAAGAGAAUGCAACAGCACCAGCUGUCCAGGUGACCUACAACGGAGCACAUGACCUCAUUCUCAACGGCAUCCCGGACUGGGUGUAUGAGGAGGAGAUGUUCUCGUCCAAUGAGGCGAUGUGGUGGUCCCCAGGUGGGAGGUUCCUGGCCUAUGCUGAGUUCAAUGACACUUUGGUCCACACUAUCGAAUAUUCCUGGUAUGGAUCAGAACAGUACCCACAAAUGGUCAUCAUUCCAUACCCUAAGGCAGGGUCAACAAACCCCGUGGUGAAGCUGUUUGUUGUUGACACCACAAACACGUCACACAUCACACAGGUCGUGGUGCCAAACUCAGUGGGAAGCGACCACUACUUGAGUUCUGUCACCUGGGUUACGGACGAGCGCAUUGCUGUUCAGUGGCAGAAAAGGAUACAGGAGUCCGUUCUGCUGCAGAUCUACGACUUUGACGGGAGCCGCUGGAACGAGAACGUGCAUCAUGAGGAAACCAGUGCGACUGGCUGGGUCGGGCAGUUCUCACCGAUGCAUCCGGUCUUCGCUGCAGACAACAUCAGCUUUUACAAAGUGAUGAGUGACUCGAAACGUUUCAAGCACAUCCAUCACGUCAAAGACGGCAAGGCAACCCCCAUCACGUCGGGGCCGUGGGAGGUCAUCUACAUUUCCAAAGUGACCAAAGAUGCCAUAUACUAUGUAAGUAAUGAACACCUUCAACGGCCGGGACAGAGAAACGUGUACAAGAUUGAUAUUGGAGCCACCCAUUCAGCUCCGCGGUGCCUUACCUGUGCACUACACGAGGACAGGUGCCAAUACAACUCCGCCUACUUCAGCCAAGACGCCAGCUACUACCGGAUGGACUGUUCCGGACCUGGAUUGCCGUUGUAUUCACUCAUAAACAACACUGGCACUUUUUCAGAGACAGUUCUUGAAGACAACAAAAAGCUGGAGCAAGUCCUGGCAGAGAUCCAGAUGCCCACCAUGCGCCGUAACAAACUCAAACUCGGCGAAUUCGAACUCUGGUACCAGAUGACCCUGCCCCCUCAGUUCGACGAAUCCAAAAAGUACCCUCUUCUGAUCGAUGUGUAUGCAGGGCCGUGUAGCCAGAAAGCAGACUACCGCUACAGGCUGAACUGGGCCACGUACCUCGCCAGCACCGAGGGGAUUAUUGUGGCAAGCUUCGAUGGCAGGGGCAGCGGUUACCAAGGAGAUGACAUAAUGCACGCAAUCUACAGAAAGCUGGGAACGUUCGAGGUCGAAGAUCAGAUAUGGGCCGCAAGAAAAUUUAUUGAUAUGGGCUUCAUAGACAAAGAAAGAAUAGCCAUUUGGGGUUGGUCAUAUGGUGGGUAUGUGACAUCCAUGGCUUUGGGUGCCGGGAGUGGAGUUUUCAAAUGUGGGAUGGCUGUUGCUCCGGUAUCAAAGUGGGAAUAUUAUGACUCGAUCUACACUGAACGUUACAUGAACCGACCAGCUGACAAUCUUAACGCCUACCAGAACUCCACUGUAACAAGUAGGGCCAAGAAUUUCAAAUCUGUCAAAUACCUUCUGGUUCAUGGCACAGCAGAUGACAAUGUCCACUUCCAGCAAGCGGCACAGAUAUCCAAAGCUCUGGUCCAAGAGCAGGUAGAUUUUGAGGCUAUGUGGUACACAGACAAGGACCACGGCCUGGAUGGGUCAGCACACCAGCACGUUUACACACACAUGAGUCACUUCCUGCAGAAAUGCUUCUCCGCCACAGAGUAGAGUGAGGUGCAGCCCGCCCCAUAAACGCACUACCAUCUGUGUCCCUCUCCACUCGUCUCUCACCAUGUCAAAUCAUCUUCAUCUGACCAAUCUGAGUUUCUGGAGUAGUUUUUUUUUUUUUGUCUCCCUAGAAUCUGACCAAGGAACAAGUCAUAAAACAAACAGAAGUUGAUAUGUUGCUGCUGUAGCAUUUUAGACUGAGAAGUCUUCCAGUGAUUUUUAUAUGAUGUGAAUGUUGUCAUUCAUGACAUGUCUCUGCCUGCUUAUCUUCGGGAUCAAAUUACUGUGAUGAUCAAACACCAAAUAUGCAGUG